GCUAUGGCGACUCUUACUCCUUCAUCAGUUUCAUCUCUUCGCCCCGAAACCCUAACAAGAAAACCCAUUCUAUGUUUCCCUUCUAAAACCCUUAUCCACCUCCCAAAAUCCUACGGUUUCGAAUCCCUUAGCUCCGUCGUCAAUCGCAAGACCUUAACCACUCCUCCCAUCAGAUCCAGCACCACCACCAUCUCCGAGAGCCUUUCCACCACCACCGCCCCACAAACCCUCAAAUCUCGCCUCAAAAGUGGCGAGACAUUAUACGGUCUUUUCCUGCUCUCCUUCUCGCCUACACUCGCUGAGAUCGCUGGCCUCUCCGGCUAUGAUUUCGUCGUCAUCGACAUGGAACACGGCCACGGCGGCAUCUCAGAAGCUCUCUCAUGCCUCCACGCUCUUGCCGCUGCUCGUACACCGGCGAUCCUCCGUAUACCCGACACCGAUGCAGCGUGGGCUAAGAAAGCUCUCGAUCUCGGACCUCAGGGAAUCAUGUUCCCCAUGAUUGAGAACGCGAAAAUGGCUAAAAAAGCAGUCUCCUAUUGUAAAUUCCCACCAAAUGGAAUCCGUGGCUCUGCACACACCGUCGUUCGAGCUUCCGAUUACGGAAUCGACAAUGGAUAUCUAAGCAAUUACGAAGAUGAACUUCUGAUCAUGUGUCAAGUGGAAUCCGAAGAGGGUGUGAAGAAGAUCGAGGACAUCGCAGCUGUUGAUGGGGUUGAUUGCGUGCAAAUGGGACCGUUGGAUCUGAGUGCGAGCAUGGGUUAUUUGUGGGACCCAGGUAAUAAGAAAGUGAGGGAGAUGAUGAAGACGGCGGAGAAGGGAGUACUGAAGACGACGGCGAAGGGUAGUGGUGGGGCUUUUCUUUCAGGUUUCGCAAUGCCGCACGACAGGCCGGAGGAGAUGAGGUCACGUGGGUAUCACAUGAUUUCAGGGUCAGUUGAUAUAGGAUUGUUCAGGAGUGCUUGUGUGGAAGAUGUGAAGAAAUUCAAGAUGGAAGCAUUGGCGUCUGAUGAAGAUGAAGAUGGUAUCGAAGAUUCCAAAGAUGAAAAGUACUGGAGUGAAUGAAUUAUUCAUUAAUGAAUAUCAUCUUUUUAUUCAUUAAUGAAUCAUCUUUUUGAUAAAUGCAACUGUUGCCAUCGAAAUAAAUCCAGUUGACGUUAAUUCAGCAAA